AUUUGUUAAGGGAAUAUAAAUAGUGAUGCAACUCAAUAAGCUGUUCUUUCCUAGUUGCAAACCAACUUAUACCAAAGUAUCGAUAUCACUUAUGCCAAAUGUUGAAUUGCUUUAGAUCUAAUCAGGGAAUUCAGAAUAAUGUUUUAAAUGCAGUAAUCAGUUCGAAUAAAGACUCAGGUGUACCUUAGAAUCGUUAAGUUCCAGUGCUGCUAGUGAAACAUGAUAAUUUCCUUGAUGAUAACAAUAAUAAAUACAUCAUGUUUUUCCACUCUAACAGUGAAGAUAUGUAAAAAUAUUAUUUUAUCUAGAUAUAAUUGUUAUGAAUAUUUGUAUCCAAUAAUUCCUACAUUUAAUGUAAAUCUAAUCUUAGUUGAGUAUCCUAGUUAUGGAAUAUAUCAAAAUUAAUCAGUACUAUUUUAUUUAUAACCUAGGCAUCUGCAGAUAUCAUUUCUGAAGAUGCAAUAGCUGUAUAUCAAUAUUUUAUAGAUAAAAGGAGAAUCAAAUAAGAUAAUAUUAUACUUAUGGGUAGAAGUAUGGGAUGUGGUCCUGCUUGUCUAUUAGCUUCUAAAUUUAAUCCUGCUGCUCUUAUCACUAUUAGUGCUUAUACCAGUCUCAAAGAAGUUGCACAGAGUUUCAUAGGUAAUUAAUAUUCUAUUUAUAUAGGAUCUGUAUUGGCUAAAUUAAUUGAUCAAAAAUUUGAUAAUCUUAAAAUCAUUUCUGAUGUCACUUGUCCUAUGUUGGUUAUUCAUGGAUAAAAAGACUUAUUUAUCACUUGUGAUCACUCCAAAAAAUUAAUCUCAUAAACUAAAUCCAAAAUCAAGUAAUAUCAUCUUUCAUUAAAUAUGGUAUUCUAUUUUUAUAUUUAUCUAGACACACAAUGAUUUUAGUAUCCAAGAUGACAUUAUUCAACCAAUUAAAAAUCUAAUCGACAAAAUUAAUUUCAUUUCUAUUCCAUCACCAAAAUAAUCCAAUCUACUUCCUAAAAUACUUUUGAGAUAGUAGAACUCUAAAAAAUCAACUAAUUUAAUUCUUUGA